ACCGAAGCUUUUCUCUACGGCUCAAAGAGAGACAAAAUGGGGAAAGAUCUGAGCGACGAUCAAAAGUCUUCCAUGAAGGAGGCAUUCACGCUCUUCGACACCGAUGGAGACGGAAAGAUCGCGCCGUCCGAGCUCGGUAUCCUUAUGAGGUCACUCGGGGGGAAUCCAACGCAGGCCCAACUCAAAGCCAUCAUCGCCGACGAGAAGCUCAACGCACCCUUCGAUUUCAAUCGCUUCCUCGACCUUAUGUCCAAGCACCUCAAGCCUGAGCCGUUCGAUCGCCAGCUCCGAGACGCCUUCAAGGUUCUCGACAAGGACUCAACGGGUUACGUUGUGGUUUCGGAGCUCAGGCACAUCCUCACCAGCAUAGGUGAGAAGCUCGAUCCGGCGGAGUUUGAUGAAUGGAUCCGAGAGGUUGAUGUUGGAUCCGACGGAAAGCUGCGCUACGAGGACUUUAUUGCUCGCAUGGUCGCCAAGUGAUUGCUCUCCCUUGAAAUGUACUACUUCGGAUGAUGUUUUAAAUAUUGGCGUGAUUAGGAUUUGGUGAUAUGUUGAGUGGAUGGAUUCAGUUCCAAGUUUGCUCCCUCCUAAACACUAGUCUUUUGCAUGGCGUGCUGAAGGACAUCUUCAAGAUUGCUUCUUUGAUGUUACUUUCAAUUCUCUUUGUUUAUCAAUGAACAAUUUGCAAGUUGCGGAUGUUACUGUAUUUGGAUUUUAGUAGUAUGACCUUCAAUCUUUGGAACCAUUAAAGCAUGUGCAUAAUGCUUCAAACUCGAGCAAACGUUAAAAACUUUGUAUCAGAUUAGCUAGAAUUUUGAUUAGAAUGAAUUAUAACAUGCUUGACUUAUUUGGGUAGUAUUUGAGGUGAAAUAAUAAAUAGUAGUAACAGUUACGAAAUCAUUUUUAUUUAGUUAAAAGUGACUCAAACUAGGAGCCUAUUUGCUAUGACUAAUAUUCAUUGAAUAUGUUGACUUUGUUCAAAUUGUUAAAGUUGUGAAUGAAAACGAUUGAAUGUGUUGAAUUAUCAAAAAAUACAGAUACAUAAUAUAUAUAUAUAUAUCUGUGUGUGUGUGUGUGUGUGACCCAUAGUGAAAAUCCCGUCCAAAAUUGCAUGGACUGACUGCAGCUUCAUGACAAAGAAGCGCAAACAGUUUAAUGAGCCAUUUUGCUUUAUUCCAUCAUAAUCUCAAGCCAAAAAAUAAUGAAUCUUUGGCUCCAUUGCAAAUGAUGGAAACAAUAGAAUUAAUAAGGUGAUUUAUAAAAAUACUUUAUAACUUAUAGUUCAACAAACCUAAAUAAAAAAUAGAACUUUAUAGGGUUUAUUAUCAAAAUAGGACUAAAAGUCACUCACUUUGCACAAAUAGGACAAAAAACUAAAUUAUGUUUUCAUAGGACUAAUUAUGUGUGUCUUGGACAAAUAUACUCUUCUAGCUAUUGAAAUGUUUUAAUUCAUAAUAUAAUAAUAAAAAAUAAUAAAAAUUCGUAAAAAAUACUAACAAACUAAUAAAAAUAUUUCGAUAAUAAUUAAUUAAUUAAUUUUUUUUCAAAAAAUAAAAAAAUAUUUUUUAAAAAAAAAAAAUAAAAAACUCAAAAAAAUAAAAUAAAAUUCACCGCUGCCUCUGCCGCCUCUGCACCACCACCACCAGUCAUCGGGAAAAAAAUGCCAAGUUCAUUAUGAAUGCCAUAUUUAUGGCAGAAAAUAAUGAAAAUGUUGGCAUUCUCAAAGAGAAAUAUGCCAUAUUUUUGGCAUUUUCAGGAAAAAAGAACAGUUUUUAGGGAAAAUGGCAUUUUUUUCACCGCCCGAAGAUGGUGGUGCAGGGAGGUAGUUCAGGCGGUGGGAAAGGCAACCAUAUUUUUU